AGCCGGGCCCUCGGCGGUCACCAUGGAGCGCUACGCGGGGGGCUACGAGGAGGCGGGGGAUGGCACCCGGCAGCAGGAGCGGCACUACCAGCUGCUGUCGGCGCUGCAGGGGCUCGUCAAGGAGCUGCCCAGUUCUUUCCAGCAGCGCUUGUCCCACAGCACCCUCAGCGACCUGGCCCUGGUGCUGAUCGACGGCACGGUGUUCGAGAUCGUGCAGGGGCUGCUGGAAAUCCAACACCUCACGGAGAAGAGCCUGUACAACCAGCGGCUCAAGCUGCAGAGUGAGCACCGAGUGCUCAAGCAGACCCUCCUGAACAAGCACAAGGAGGCCCAGCAGGCCUGCCGGCCCCACAACCUGCCCCUCCUGCGGGCGGCCCAGCAGCGUGAACAGGAG